CCUAGACUCACUCUACUCUCUUGCCCGUAUUAACAGCAAAAACGGAAUCACAUGAUACAAUUUUGAAUUUACUGAUUUGCGUUGCUGAGUAUUUGUGCGACUGUGCCGCAUCUCUAUCUUCUCCUCCCUAUAUAAAGGACGUUAGAGGAAAAAAAAAAACUUGUGUUGCAUCUCACACAACACACGCACGUACCUACCUACCUACCUACCAUACUCAAAUUCAGGACCGCUAUGCCGACUCAAUUAACAACUGCGCAAUAAGACACACACAGAGAUCGAGAGAGAGAGAGAAACUAAAGAAGAAUAAGAAUGGUUUCAAUGUUCAUGUGCACUAGUAUUAAUGGUGAAGAGAAUCAAGAGAUAGAAUUUUCAAGGGAUGGCAGUCACUACAGCCUCUCCAAUGCGGUCUUGCCUUCUCUUGGUGCCAGAAGUCACCGCAGAGUCAAGCUUCGACGCUUCAUUGUUUCUCCUUAUGACCGUCGUUACAGAGUGACGGGUCAGCCUACAGAUUUUGACUUUCCUGAUUCCCUGCUUUUUACUUUGAAUAACGCGUGAUGAGUGUGAUGGGUGGCUGCAUUACAUGCAAUGGAAGAAUUUGGAUUGGAUACUACUGUAAAGUGUCAUGUUCUAAUUAAUCCCGAAAUCUACUGUCUUUUACUCUGUAACUGCAACUUAUGUUUUUCAAAGUAUCAUGCUAUUUCAUUUUCUAGAAGUUUAAUGAAGGGUGUAGUCAUGAAGAAAGCUCUAGUACUGUUGCUUCUUUCUCAUAAUUAGGAGAAUAGAAAGAAAAAGGGAUAUAAAUUUUAUUUUGUAAAAAUUUAUCCUAGUAGUCUUAAGGUAACAUAUUCAGUAAAUUUAAAAUAAAGUUAAAGUCAUGGAAAAUAUUUAAAAAUUAUAUUUGUAAUGCUUUUAAGUGUCUAAUAUGUUGAUAUAUCAUCACUUUGGACUUUGAAAUCAAUAGCAAAAAAGUGAAAAUUACCAAGCAUAAAUUUCAUCAAAGUUGUUUCAAUGUAGUGAAGUUAUUGAAUUUCGUUGAUUUUUGUAGGAUAUGGCAGACUUUCCUGGUCAUCCUUGUUAUCUACACAGCUUGGGUAUCACCAUUUGAAUUUGGUUUCCUUAAGAAACCAGAAGCACCCCUUUCCUAUACAGAUAAUAGCUUGUUAGAAAGCUGUCACCUGCACCUCUGCAGACUUAUGGCCUAUUCAACAUGCUCCGUCUAUGGCGUCUUCGAAGAGUUAGUGCAUUGUUUUCAAGGUUGGAAAAGGACAAAAGCUAUAACUAUUUUUGGGUUCGAUGUGCCAAACUUAUCUGUGUUACCCUAUUUGCUGUACAUUGUGCUGCAUGCUUUUAUUAUCUUAUCGCGGCUCGUUAUCGUGAUCCCAAAAGGACAUGGAUUGGAGCAACAAUGGGAAAUUUUCUUCAAAAGAGCUUGUGGACAAGAUAUGUUACAUCUAUUUAUUGGUCAAUUACUACCUUAACAACUGUUGGCUAUGGAGAUCUGCAUCCAGUUAAUUCAAGAGAGAUGGUCUUUGACAUCUUUUACAUGCUUUUUAAUUUGGGACUUACUGCAUAUUUGAUUGGUAACAUGACUAACUUAGUUGUCCAUGGAACAAGCCGAACCCGAAAAUUUAGAGACACUAUACAAGCUGCCUCAAGUUUUGCUCAAAGGAAUCAAUUACCUGUUCGUUUGCAAGACCAGAUGCUUGCUCAUUUGUGUUUGAAGUUUAGAACAGACUCCGAAGGGUUACAACAACAAGAGACAAUUGAUUCUCUUCCUAAAGCCAUCAGAUCAAGCAUUUCACAUUAUCUCUUCUAUUCUCUGGUGGAUAAAGUCUAUUUAUUUCGAGGCGUUUCAAAUGAUUUACUCUUUCAAUUGGUUUCAGAGAUGAAAGCAGAGUAUUUUCCUCCUAAAGAAGAUGUAAUUUUACAGAAUGAAGCUCCAACUGAUUUCUACAUACUAGUCACUGGUGCUGUGGAAUUGGUAGUUCUUAAAAAUGGCGUUGAGCAGGUUGUUGGAGAGGCAAAUACAGGUGAUCUUUUUGGUGAGAUUGGUGUGCUUUGCUAUAAGCCACAGCUCUUUACGGUUCGGACAAAGCGAUUAAGCCAGCUUUUGAGACUAAACCGUACUGCUUUUCUAAAUAUUGUCAAGGCUAACGUAGGAGAUGGAAAUAUUAUUAUGAACAAUCUUCUUCAGCACUUAAAAGAACUAAAUGACCCUAUCAUGGAGGGAGUUUUGGUGGAGACUGAGAAUAUGUUAGCUCGUGGUAGAAUGGACCUACCAGUUGGUCUUUGUUUUGCAGCAGCAAGAGGAGAUGACUUGUUGUUACAUCAUUUGUUAAAACGAGGAUUGGAUUCAAACGAAUCAGAUAGAAAUGGAAGAACAGCUUUGCAUAUUGCAGCAUCUAAAGGAAGUGAGAAUUGUGUCAUGCUUUUACUGGAUUAUGGAGCGGAUCCCAAUAUUAGAGACUCUGAUGGCAGCGUAUCACUAUGGGAAGCCAUAUUGGGUGGACAUGAAUCAGUAAGCCAGCUACUAUUGGAAAAUGGUGCUAAUUUGAAAAGUGGUGAUGUUGGUCAAUUUGCAUGCAUCGCUGCUGAACAAAACACCCUCAACUUGCUCAAGGAUAUAGUGCGCUAUGGUGGAGAUGUCACGCUCCCUAGCGCAACCUCCGGAACCACAGCUCUACAUGUUGCAGUCUCUGAAGACAACGUAGAAGUUGUGAAGUUCUUGUUGGAUCUUGGUGCCGACAUUGAUAAACCAGAUAAGAACGGUUGGACACCAAGAGAUCUAGCAGUCCAGCAAGGGCAUCAAGACAUCAUAGCCAUUUUUGAGUCUAUUAAGGAGCCUAAGAAUUAUCAACCUUUGGACCGUAUUCCUGAGAAGGAAGGUAAGAUAAAGAAGUUCCUUGGAAGAUUUACAAGUGAACCAGCAAUUCCUCUACCCCAAGAGAGCACAUUUAGGGGUUCAGAUGGGUUUAGGAGUUCGGACGGGUCUUGGAGCCAAAGCCGCCCAAGGCGGAGAAGCAGCAAUAACUUCCACAACUCUUUGUUUGGGAUAAUAUCAGCAGCAAACAAAGGGGAAAAGGACACGCUCUUUUAUGUGAAUGAAAAUGGUAAUGCAAAGAAUGGUAUGAAGAGUAGAGAAUGGCCAACCAGAGUGGUGGUUAGUUUCCCUGAAAAGGGUGAGGCUGGUGGGAAACUUGUGUUGCUACCUGGAAGCUUUCAGGAGUUACUUGAUAUUGGGGCUGAGAAGUUUGGUGUGCGUCCUGCUAAGGUUCUAUGCAAAGAUGGGUUUGAAAUUGAAGAUAUAGAGGUUAUUAGGGAUGGGGAUCAUCUUGUUUUUGAGAGUGCUGCUCAAAAUUCUGACUAUCCUACUCCCACAAUCGGUGUGCAACCGUAGCAUGCAUACCUUUCCUUUUAUUUUCUCUUAUUUUUUCCAUUUUUCUCCCCUACUCUUAAACCAGUAGUAUCAACCUAUAAAUUGUAAAUCUCCCUUGUUACAGUUAAAAUACAAAAAGAAAUUUUACGAUUUUAAA